UGUCAAAAUUAGACUUCGACUUCUAGGAUUCGCGACUUCUUUCCUUGCAAUUUCGAAAGAGUUUUGUAAUGUUUGGGUGAGGUAUCGCCUGCUUCUGAUGGUUUGAGGUGUGAGAACAGCCGUGGAGCCGAGAGAUGACGUCGAGAAGUAAGAACGCCGUCAGGAGUUACGAGACGGAGAUAGAGAAAUGUCGAGAAGAGUCCAACUGGAAGAAGGCUGUGGAACUGGCCACACAGCUGAAGGCCAGGUCACCCCAGCACGAAAGCCUAGCACACUUCUUGAUUGGCGAGGGCAAGUUAGAGGCACAUUUGGAGGAAUGGCCACCAAUACGAGACAACAUAGAGAGAGCCCAGCGGGAGCUGUCAGAUGCUCGAGGAUACCUCACACUGGCCACCGAUGAGGCCGGAAAGAAGGCCGGAGUGGCUCUUGAUGCUCACUUGUUACUCGGCAAGCUGAACUACGCCUGCGGGGCUUAUGAUGAUGCGUUGAAGAAUUACAAACUUGCCGAGCUAAAUACGUUGACAGAGAAAGAAUUGCCUAUCCGCAGUCUCCGCAUAGUGGCGGAGUCGUACGCCAUCAAGGGGCUCUGCCUGGAGGAGACGGCGCCGGGCGGCGGGGGCGCCUCCAGCCGGUUUAAGGCGGCUGAGAGGGAGGCUGAUAUGGUCCGCAGCUUCGAGCUAGCCAGCGACCUCACGCUCCUGUACCUUCAGAAGACGGCGGCGCCGGCCGUCCGCGCCGGGCCCACGCUAGAGGCGGCUUUACAGAGAGCCCCACACCUACAUCUGAAGGCGGGGAGACCGCAGGCUGCUAUAGAUAGAUACCGCUCCAUGCUUCGCGCCACCGAGUGUCAGUGGACGCAGGCGCUUCGACUCACUCUGGCGCGACAGCUAGCAGAACUACUCAUGAGGGGCACUAAUGGACAGGAGUACAAGAUCCCGUCAGUGUCCUCGGCUGGGGGUCGGCAGGCGGCGCCCGGGCCGUGGACGCCGGCCAAGUACACCAGCAUCAACCAGUUCGUGCCACAGAACGUGUAUGAAGAGAUAGUGCUACUACUACUCGUGAGCGAGGCGAUGGCGGUCAGAGCCGCCGUGCUGUCGCAGAGCGCCGAGUUUGAGGUGGAGCGCGGCAGCUCCCUCCGCGCCGCGCGAGCCGUGGGCGACCUGCUGGCGCUGGCGGCCGCGCGCUGGGGGCACCUGCAGCUGGUGCUAGAGAGUCUGGAGCGAGCCAUGAAGUUCUCGUUCGGCUGCGCGCACACGUGGCGGCAGCGCGCGCUCGCCACCGCCGCCGCCGCCGCCGCAACGCCGCCUAGCACACAGCAAGCAGGUAGCCCAGCAUGGACCGCGGGCACGAAGGCGGUGUCGGUGAUGCGCCAUGCUAAGACCCUCGCCACGGACGACGCGCCUCUGAGGCUGGUGGGAGCAAACACCUGCUAUAAUAUGGGAGAGGUAAGUCGAGAAAAUGGAGAAAGAAUUAGUAUUCAUUUUCAGCUGGAAGAAGGCAUAGCGUUAGCAGAAGAAGCGUUGGCGAUAGAACAGAAAACGAACGGACCUCUAUUAGCGAGAUGCCAUCUGUACACCGGCAUAGGAUACCAGAUGAAAGCACAGAGAACCAACUCGCGCAUCGAGAAAGAAGCCUCCAACGAGAAAAGCCUACAAAACCUCCUGAAGGCCGUCCAGCUCGACAACAACGACCACCUGGCGUUCUACCACCUCGCGCUACACUACCUGCGCCAGGCCAUGCUCAACGAGGCUAUGGACGCAGCCCGCUGCUGCCUCCACGCUCGCGCGGAAUGCGCGGGCGGGCUGCGCGUGGCGGCGGCGCUGUGGGCGUGCGGGGCGGCGGGCGCGCGCGGCGGGCGGGCGCUGGCGGCGGCGGCCGUCGCCAGGCACCACUACCCGGCCGCGCCCUGGCCGCUUACUGCGGCUGCGAUGUUGCAGCUGCAGUGGGGGGAGCCUGACGCGGCGCUAGCAUCUGCCAGGGAACUCCUAGCCCUAUUGAACAGCUCCACAGAGUCGGAAAUGGAACAGAACGGCUACACCGAACUAGAUGCAUUAUCGGACUCACAGCCUGAAGACGUGCAAAGUAAUAGAGAUGCGGUAUCGCUCCGCGCAGAAUCCGUGGGCGUAUACAGGGUGGAGCGCGCGCUGUCGGAGGCGGCGCAGUCGGGGGCGCCCUGUAGCAAGCUGCUGGCGGGGCGGCGCGCGCAGGCCUGGCUGCUGUGCGCUGAGCUGUGUUUGAGACUGGGUCGCAUCACGGCGGCGGCAGGUUGUGUGGCGGAGGCCGCCGCGCUUACACCAUACAGCCAUCUUGUACUUUAUACUCGCGGGCUAGUGCACGAAGCGAGUGCGGAGUGGGAGGAAGCUCGCGCGUGCUUCCGCGACGCCGUCGCCAUACACCCCACGCACCUGGACAGUCUCGUGCAUCUCGGCACAGCCUACUACGAGACCGGCUGGAUCCGGCUAGCGGAAUCGGUCCUUCGGUCCGCCCUGGCCCUGCAACCUCUACGUGGGGACACGUGGCGCCGCCUGUCGCUGGUGCUGUCAGCGAGGGGCGAGCACGCGGCCGCCGCCGACGCCGCCGCCGCCGCCGUCUGCGCGCAGCCCGCCGCCGUCUACUCGCACUGGGGGCUCUAGUCACCAGUGUGAUAU